AUGUCCAACAGCAACCCAGAGCCCCACCAGACCGUCGCCGCAGGCUACAACGCCUGCAGCGCCGCCUACACCGCCACACGCUCCCAAGACGAAGUCAACGAACUCGCCCUCCUAACCUCCCGCCUGCGCCCCAAGUCCGCCAUCCUAGACCUAGGCUGCGGCGCCGGCAUUCCCGUCGCCUCGACCCUAACCAGCCGCCACGACUUCCACGUCACCGGCCUCGACAUCUCCUCUGCCCAAAUCGCGCGCGCGAAGGCCAACGUCCCCAGCGCGACCUUCAUCCAGGGCGACAUGGCGGACGCCGACGACCUCCUUUCCCCCUUUACCCCGCAGGGUGGCUUCGAUGCCGUCGUGGCCUUCUUCUCUGUCUUCCACCUACCGCGCGAGACACACGCGAAGGUCUUUGAGCGCGUGGGGGCGUGGCUCCGCCCCGGAGGCUAUUUGCUCGCGACGGCGGCUGCAAGUGCUGAGGGCGGUGAGGGCAUCGUGCAUGACUUCUAUGGCGCGGACAUGUAUUGGAGCAAUUAUGGCAUGGCUGAGUAUCGGGCCAUGCUGCAGGCGGUGGGGCUCGAGGUGCUGGAGAACAAAGUCGAGGGCACGGGUGAGGUGUUUGACUGGGCGACGAGUGCGGUUGACGCGGGCAAGGCGCAGCAUCCAUUGCUGUUUGCGAGGAAAGCAAUACGCUGA